AUGGUUGUGCUCGCUUCUUCAAUUAUAAGCAAGUCUGGGAAAGUGCUUGUUUCUAGGCAGUUUGUGGAUAUGUCUCGUAUAAGAAUUGAGGGUCUUCUUGCGGCUUUCCCUAAGUUGGUAGGCACCGGCAAACAACAUACAUAUGUUGAGACAGAAAAUGUGCGCUAUGUUUACCAGCCGAUAGAAUCUUUGUACUUGCUACUUGUUACAAACAAGCAGAGCAAUAUAUUGGAAGAUUUGGAGACUUUACGGCUGCUCUCUAAACUUGUACCUGAAUAUUCUUUGUCCCUAGAUGAAGAAGGUAUAUGCAGGACAGCAUUCGAGCUGAUUUUUGCUUUUGAUGAAGUCAUCUCUCUUGGGCACAAGGAAAAUGUGACUGUUGCACAGGUUAAGCAGUACUGUGAGAUGGAGAGUCAUGAAGAGAAGUUGCACAAGCUCGUAAUGCAGAGCAAGAUAAACGAAACCAAGGAUGUUAUGAAACGGAAAGCUAGUGAGAUUGACAAAAGCAAGAUUGAUAGGGGCAGAGUUGAAAAGGGUGGAUUUAUGUCUUUACAGUCAAUGGGAUCUGGAAGAAUUGAGAGUACCUUUAGUGAUAUGAGCAUAUCAAGUAGUGGAAGUGGUGGUUUCGGAGGUGGUUCUGGUUUUGGAUUGAGCACUGAUAUUGACUCAUUUUCUACAAAGACCAAAGGUCGUCCACCUUCAUCUGCCACCGCUCCUCCAAAGGGUUUAGGUAUGCAGCUGGGAAAAUCACAAAGGACCAACCAAUUUUUAGAGUCCCUGAAAGCAGAGGGGGAGGUGAUUCUUGAAGAUGUACAGCCAAAAGCAGGCCAGUCUAAAUCAGCUGCUCCACCUCUAACUGAUCCCGUCACUUUGAAUGUUGAAGAGAAGCUCAAUGUUACACUUAAACGUGAUGGUGGAAUGAGCAACUUUGAUGUUCAGGGGACAUUAUCUCUGCAAAUUCUUAACCAAGAAGAUGCACACAUCCAAGUCCAGAUUGAAACUGGUGCAAAUCCUGGCAUCCUUUUCAAAACACACCCUAAUAUGAACAAAGAACUGUUCUCCAAUGAAAACAUUCUAGGCCUAAGGGAUCCUUCUAGGCCUUUUCCCACCGGUCAAGCUGGUGAUGCAGGAGGUGUUGGUCUUUUGAAGUGGAGAAUGCAGACUACAGACGAGUCAAUGGUGCCCCUGACAAUCAACUGUUGGCCCUCUGUUUCUGGGAAUGAAACUUAUGUCAACAUUGAAUAUGAAGCUUCACAGAUGUUUGAUCUGCGAAAUGUUGUCAUCUCAGUACCUCUGCCAGCUCUUCGAGAGGCUCCACGAGUAAGCCAGGUUGAUGGUGAAUGGAGAUAUGAUUCAAGGAAUUCAACGUUGGAGUGGUCCAUACUUCUUGUUGAUAACUCGAACCGCAGUGGAUCGAUGGAGUUUGUUGUUCCCCCAGCAGACUCAUCUGUAUUUUUCCCCAUUUCUGUGCGCUUCUCCGCCACUAGUACAUUCAGUGACCUGAAGGUUGUGAACAUUUUACCUCUGCAAGGUGGAAACCCUCCCAAGUUCUCUCAAAGAACGCAGUUGAUCACAGAGAAUUACCAAGUGGUGUGA